AUGAAGAUAUCAUCAAUUGGAUGCGUCUUGUUCCUUAUCAUCUUCACCUCUAUUACAAUUGUUUCAAGUUCACCAGGUCAUGGAGAAGUUGAGGACGAAACGGAGUUUAACUACGAGAAGGAAGGAGAUAAAGGGCCAUCGAAAUGGGGUACACUAAAGCCAGAGUGGGCAAUGUGUGGAAAAGGCAAAAUGCAAUCUCCAAUUGAUCUUUGGGACAAAAGAUUUUUACUUGAUCCUAAUCUUGGAUACCUUCGUAGCAACUAUUUACCUUCCAAUGCUACCUUAAAGAAUAGAGGCCAUGAUAUCAUGUUGAAAUUCGAAGGAGUAAAUGCAGGAAGAGGUAUAACUAUAAAUGAUACUGAAUAUCAACUUCAACAACUUCAUUGGCACUCUCCUUCCGAACACACAAUCAAUGGCAAAAGGUUUUUUCUUGAGGAACAUAUGGUUCAUGAGAGCAAAGAUGGACGUAUCACUGUUGUGGCUUUCUUUUACAAAUUGGGAAGACUUGACCCUUUUCUCUUUUCGUUGGAAAGACAAUUGAAGAGGAUAACUGAUACACACGAGUCCGAGGAAUAUGUCGGAGUGAUUGAUCCUAUAAGAGUCGAUUUUGAAUCAAAACACUAUUAUAGAUAUAUCGGUUCACUCACAUCUCCUCCUUGUUCUGAAAAUGUUAUUUGGACGAUUUCCAAAGAGAUGAAGACUGUGACAUUAAAACAAUUGRACCUGCUUCGCGUGUCGGUACACGAUCAAUCUAAUACAAAUGCUAGACCGCUUCAACGUAAAAAUGAGCGUCCGGUGGCAUUUUACACACCAACAUGGCAUAUGUGA